AUGGAAAUUAUUUUUUCGAAACGAUUCAUUUUACUGAUUUUAGUCACUUCAAGCUUAUUAACAUCAAACAUCUUUUGCGCAGAUGAAUUAAUGAUGUUCAGUCUUCGCAGCAAAGAAAAUUACGACAGAUAUUCUGAGCCUAGAGGACACCCACAAGAAGAAAAGAAAAGAAAUCUCAAUUUUGAAGAACUGAAAGACUGGGGACCAAAAGAUAUCAUUAAGAUGAGUACAUCCCUAGUCAAAAAAAUGCCACCCUCGGCAGCCAACCUGCCUCUGAGAUUUGGAAGAAAUAUGGAGGUGAGCAUCUCGAGACAUGUUCCUAAUGUGCCCCAAAGGUUUGGAAGAAUGACAGCAGCCAAAAGUGUCCCCAAGACACUGAGUGAUUUGCAUCAACCACCUACGCAUUCACCACCUGCCAGUGAGUUACUUUACUUCAUGACCUGCCAGUGCCAAGAAAUCCAGAAUCCUGAUCAAAAACAACCAAGGAGAGUGGUAUUCAAGAAAACAAAUGGUACAGAAUUGAAACAGGAAAAAUAA